CUUUAAGAAGCUUCUUAUUUGAAGGUUAGGGGAUGUAAAGAAGUGGCCAUCCCACGCAUAUUAUGUACUCGUUCGGUAGAUAACCAAAAUAUUAACAAGUUGACUCAUCAGAGCUUCCAUUUACCAAGCGUAUCCUGUAUGUGGGGCACCGUGUUAAGUGUUGUGCAGGAACUAAUCUUACAGUGACCCUGUACGGUCAGUAUUCGCAGUUGCAUGGACGAGGGGGUGGAAGCUGAGAGUGACUGGUUUACGCGAGGCCUCACAGUGAGUUAAGGGGAACUAGGAGCUAAGGUGCAAACCUGGGUUUGACUCCAAAGCCUGUAUUCAUAACUACAGGAGAACGAGUUUUAUUUUUGUUGUGGUUUCCUUUUCCAGACUCUGUUCCUAAACACAGGCAUAGAAGAGUUGAGAGGUGGUGUCAGAAGACACCUAGGAUCUCCUCCGAUUCUGAGUGUUGAUGGUUAAAUAUUAUUUCUUUCCUUUGCACCAGUCACCCUGCCCCACGCUAUGCUGUAAAGCUGGCUCGGCACACUUUUUCUGUAGAGGGCCAGGUAAUAUUUUAGGCUUUGCAGCCCAUACUUAACUCUACCACUGCAUCCACAGACAACUUGUAGACAGUGAGCAUGGCUGUGUUCCAAUACAAUUUUAUUUACGGAAAUGACCUGUUUUGGCCCGUGGGCUGUACUUUGCCAAUCCCUGCUCCAAAGCCACUUUCCACAGUACACACCAGUGGUCCUUCUUGGUCUCCUUAGGGCUUUGGCUAGCUGUUCAUACAUUUCUGUUUGUAAUUCAUAGGCUUUAGGUCAAGUGCUUUGGGAUGGCCUGUGUUUCCCAUUGAGGGAUGCCUCUGAAGAGGAAAUGUGCUCUCCUGGCCUGCGUGGGGGACCGUGAGUGACCCACCUUAUGACCCACUGGCCCCCACUGGCAGUUACUGCAGAGAGAGAGACACACGCAUGCAUAAGGAGGCCUCUUUGGGAGGAAUUUUGUUGUCAGAGGCUAAAAGGAGGUUGUCAUAAUUGACUUUAAGCAGCAAACAGUAAAACACUGAGCUCUUCAGCUCCACCUUUCUUGCUCUGAGAAUUGGAAAACCAAGAAGGUUUUGAUGUUUUGUGUGGCGCCACCUGAAUCAGAAGCCAAGAUGAACAUAACCAAAGGGGGUCUGGUGUUGUUUUCGGCAAAUUCUAAUUCAUCAUGUAUGGAGCUUUCAAAGAAAAUCGCUGAGCGGCUGGGGGUGGAGAUGGGCAAAGUGCGGGUUUACCAGGAGCCUGACAGAGAAACAAGAGUACAAAUUCAAGAGUCUGUGAGGGGGAAAGAUGUUUUCAUCAUCCAGACUGUUUCAAAGGAUGUGAACACCACCAUCAUGGAGCUCCUCAUCAUGGUGUACGCGUGUAAGACCUCCUGUGCCACAAGCAUCAUCGGCGUGAUCCCCUACUUUCCUUACAGCAAACAGUGCAAGAUGAGAAAGAGAGGCUCCAUCGUUUCCAAACUGCUAGCUUCCAUGAUGUGCAAAGCUGGUCUGACUCAUCUUAUUACUAUGGAUUUACACCAGAAGGAAAUUCAGGGCUUCUUCAAUAUUCCUGUUGAUAAUUUAAGAGCAUCUCCCUUCUUAUUACAGUAUAUUCAAGAAGAGAUCCCGGAUUACAGAAAUGCAGUGAUCGUGGCCAAGUCUCCAGCCUCGGCUAAGAGGGCACAGUCUUUUGCUGAGCGCCUGCGCCUGGGCAUCGCGGUGAUUCACGGAGAAGCGCAGGACGCCGAGUCCGACCUGGUGGACGGGCGGCACUCCCCGCCCGCGGUCAGGAGCGCCGCCGCCAUCCACCCCAGCCUGGACAUCCCCAUGCUGAUCCCCAAGGAGAAGCCCCCGAUCACAGUGGUCGGUGACGUGGGAGGAAGGACCGCCGUCAUUGUGGACGACAUUAUUGAUGAUGUGGACAGCUUCCUCGCUGCGGCAGAGACCCUGAAGGAAAGGGGUGCGUAUAAGAUCUUCGUGAUGGCGACUCACGGCUUGUUAUCCUCCGACGCCCCUCGACUGAUCGAGGAAUCUGCCAUCGAUGAGGUGGUGGUUACCAAUACAAUUCCACAUGAAAUCCAGAAGCUCCAGUGCCCCAAAAUUAAAACUGUGGAUAUAAGCAUGAUCCUUUCAGAAGCCAUCCGUCGGAUUCACAAUGGACCCUGCACGUUCUCGACGCGUAGUCACUUGACUGCAGCAGGAGAGGAAUUGGAACACCAGCUGUGAGCCACUGGGGCAGGUCAGGAGUUGGCAUGAGCAGCCAUUUGCAUCUUGGCGUGGCUCCUUGGCGUGGCAUCUUUGUUCUGCUCCUUGUUUAAACAAAAUGCAGCACUGCAUGCUCUGGAAAAUGAGAUGCUGGCAGGGAGGGGGUUACGGAGGGCAAGUGAUGUGACCCUUGUCAGUGUCAAGCAUCUAGCAUUGUCUGUCAGAGUUCAGAACUCAGAACUCUACCUUAGAGUUUAUCAGGUUGGGAGACACUGGGGUCCCAUGAGUUAUGCCACUAAGGUCAUGUAAUGGCAGUCCCCUCCAAUUCAUGCAGGAAAGAAUUAAGACUUCCUUAAAAAGAAAAAGAUUACUCUUUCUUCCAAAAAACCUUAAACCUUUGCUUUCUGAGUGCAUGCUCAGAAAAGACCUGGGAAAGCCUUUAAGCUCGCUCCUCUGGCUGCCCUUGAGGUUCUGUGUAAGCAAGAAGUGAGGGCCAAGGCAGGGUUGUAAAUUUUCUGGCUAAGUGUUGAAGGCAUGCCCCAGGACACACAGCCCAUCUACGGACUAGGAGAGGUGUUCUCUCUCUCUCUCUCUUUUUUUUUUUUUUUUUUUGGUUUCAGGGUUUUACGGAAGUGUGUGAUGACUCACUAGCUGACUGUCCAGAGAUUUCAGUUGCCACAAACAACAAAGAACACAGACUUUACAAAAUCAGUUUUGAAAAGCCACUAUGCAAACAAACCCUGUGGAGGGAGGAGAAUCUGAUUUCCAGACUUUCACAUUAUAAUAUUUAAAAUAGCAGUUUUCAACAACAAGAAAAAAUUCCGAGGCAUGUAAAGAAACAAGGUUGGGCCCAUACAUGGGGUCUUCCUUGAGGAAGCCCAGACUUUGGACCAACUAGACAAAGACUAAGUCAACUAUUUUAAACAUGCUCAAGAGCAAAAGGAAAUCAUGGGAAUUUUGUCUCACCAAAUGGAGAAUAUCAAUAAGGAGAGAGAAAUAAUAAAAAUGAACCAUGCAGAGAGGAUUUGAGGAAGAUGGUAGAGUAGGAAGCACCAGGAAUCUGUCUCUCCACCUAGACAGUUGCAGUGGCAAAUACAUCUGAUGAUUUUGGAAUUCUGGAGUCUAUUGAAGGUUUGCAGUUUCCAGGGGAAGUGUUGGACGGUAGAUUAUAGCUAAUUUUGGUCAAAACCAGCUCUUAGUACAGUUGGAGAUACCUGGCCCCCGCUCCCAGCCCUGUGGCAGGCAGCUCUGCACACGUUCCUGGAGUAGUCUGCACCAGCUUGUGGGAGCCAGGAUAGGCAAAAAGGCCCCCUCCUCCAGAUAGCAGGGAUUUGUGCUCUGAUAGCUGAUAUCAGCUUCUGAUCACAGAAGUGCAAAGAGGCUGGUAGCUGUUGUUACUUCACCUCCCCCAUUGUUGCAAGCUCCUCCUCCUCCAGUUGAAGAAGGAAUAGUGCCUAACUCAUGCUAUGAGGCCAGCAUUACCCUACUACAAAAAACAAAGACAUUACAAGAAAAAUAAAGCAAAGUCCAGUAUCUCAAGAACAGGUGCAGAGAUCCUCAACAAAAUAUUAGCAGAACAAUUCCAACAAUGUAUAAAAAGAAUUAUGCAUAACCAAGUGGGUUUAUCCCAGAUAUGCAAGGCUGUCUCAACAUUUGAAAAUCAACUCGUGUAAUCCAUCACAUCAGCAGACUAAAAAAAGAAAAAUUAAAUGAUUAUAUCAAUUGAUGCAGAAAAAUCAUCUGACAAAAUCCAACAUCCAUUCAUGAUAAAAACUGACAUAGAAGUAGAGAGGGAAUUUCCUCAUCUUGUUAAAAGAUAUCUUCAAACAACCUACAGUGAACAUCAUACUUAGUGGUGAGAAACGAGAAGCUUUCCCACUAAGAUCAGAAAUAAGGCAAGGAUGUCUCCUCUCAUCACUCUUUUUAAACAUUGUACUGGAAAGCCAAGCUAAUGCAAUAAGACAAGGAUUUAAAAGGUACACAAAUUGGGAAGGAAGAAAUAAAACUGCUUUGUUCUCAGAUAAUCAUCAAUGUAGAAAAUCUGAAAGAGUAAAAAUGCCUCCACCCCAACUCGGAACUCAUAAGUGAUUAUAGUUAGAUUGCAGGAUACAAAGUCAAUCGGUUUUCUAUAUUACCAGCAAUGAACAAGUGGAAUUUGAAAAUAAAAAUACAAUACCAUCUACAUUAGCACCAAAAAUAUGACAUACUUAGGUAUAAAUCUAACAAAACGAUGUAUAUGAUCUAUAUAAGGAAAACUGCAAAACUGAUGAAAAAUCAAAGAACUAAAUAAAUGGAGAGAUAGUCCAUAUUCAUUGAGAGGAAGACUAAUUGUCAAGAUGUCAGCUCUUUCGAACUUGAUCUAAAGAUUCAGUGCAAUCCCAGGGACUUCCUGGUGGUGCAGUGGUUAAGAACCCAACUGCCAGUACAGGGGACAUGGGUUCAAGCCCUGGUCUAGGAAGAUCCCACAUGCCGCAGAGCAACUAAGCCCAUGCACCACGCUUACUGAGCCUGCGCUCUAGAGCCCACGAGCUACAACUACUGAAGCCCGCGCACCUAGAGCCCGUGCUCUGCAACAGAGAGAAGCCACCGCAAUGAGAAGUCCACGCACCGCAACGAAGAGUAGCCCCCGCUCGCCACAACUAGAGAAAGCCCGUACGCGGCAACAAAGACCCAGUGCAGCCAAAAGUAAAUAAAUAAAUAAAUAAAAAGAUUCAGUGCAAUUCCAAUCAAAAUCCCACCAAGUUAUUUUGUGGAUUUUGACAAACGGAUCCUAAAGUUUACGUGGAGAGAUAGAAGACUCAGGAUCACCAAUACAAUAUUGAAGGAGAAGAGCAAGGUUGGAGUAUUCACACUACCCCACUUCAAGACAACUCUAAAACUACCAUAAUCACAAGUGUGGUAUUGUUGAAAGGAAAGACAUAUAGACCAAUUGAACAGAGCACCCAGAAAUAGACCCACACAUAUAUAGUCAACCAGUCUUUGACAAAGGAGCAAAGGCAACAUAGCGGACCAAAAAUAAUCUUUUCAACAAGUAGUACUUGAAUAGCUGGAUAUUCACAUGGAAAAAAAAUGAAUGUAGACUUAAGUGUAAAAGUCAAAAACAUAAAACUCCUAGAAGAAAACCUAGAUGACCUUGGUAUGGCAGUGACUUUUUAGAUAUGACACCAAAGGGAUGGUCCAUGAAAGAGGUAAUUGAUAAACUGGAAUUAACUAAAAUUAAAAACCUUUGCUCUGUGAAUUGCACUGUUAAGAGAGUGAAAGACAAGCCACAGACAGAAAAAUCUUUGGAAAACGCUUAUCUGAUAAAAGACUGGAAAAAAGAACAGUUAAAUCUCAAUAAUAAGAAAACAAUAACCCGAUUAAAAAUUGGGCUGAAGACCUUACAGACACCACCAAAGAAAAUAUACAGAUGGCAAAUAAGCGUAUGAAAAGAUGCUCUCUAUCGUAUGUCUUCAAGGAACUAAAAAUUAAAACGAGAUACACUACACACUUAUUAGAACGACCAAAAUCUGGAACACUGACAACGCCAAAUGCCGACAAGGAUGUGGAGCAACAGGAACUCCGUCAUUGCUAGUGGGGACGCCAAGUAACCACUUUGGCAGAAAACUAAACACACUUUUACCAUGUUAUCCAGCAGUCAUGCUCCUUGGUAUUUACCCAAAGGAAUCAAAAACAUGUCCACAUAAAAACCCGCACAUGGAAUUUUAUAGCAGUUUUAUUCAUAAUUGCCAAAACUUGGAAGCAAUCAAAAUGUCUUUCAGUAAGUGAGUGGAUAAAUAAACUGUGGCACUUCCAGACAGUGGAAUAUUAUUCAAGCAGCAAAAAGAAAUGAGUUCUCCAUGAAAUGAUGUGGAGGAAACGAAAAUGAAUCUUAUUAGACAAUCUGAAAAAGCUAUAAUACUGUAUGACUCCAACUAUAUGACAGUCUCUAUGGAGACUAACAAGAUCAGUGGUUGCCAGGGGUUGGUGGGGGGAUGGAGGGAGGACUAGAGAGAGCACAGAAGAUUUUCGUGGCGGUGAAAAAUACUCUGUAUGAUACUAUAAUGAUGGAUAUAUGUCAUUAUACAUAUGUCUAAACCCAUAGAAUGUACAACACCAAGAGUAAACCCUAAUGUAAACUGUGGACUUCGGGUGGUGGUGAUGUGUCCAUGUAUGUUCACCAAUUGUGACAAAUGUACCACUCUGGUGGGGUUGCUGAUAAUGGAGAGAUUGUGCAUGUUGGGGGCUGGAGCCAUGUGGGAAAUCUCUGUACCUACUGCUCAGUAUUGCUGUGAACUUAAAACUGCUCUAAAAAAAUAAAGUCUUUAAAAAACAAAAAAACCUAGAGUGGUUUG